AAAAAAAAAAUAAGUCUUGCGACGAGUUUCAAGCCCAACUUCCUUCUAUCUUCAGCAUUCAUCCGGCUUCGUCUGAACCCAACUCGCCUUCCCUCUCCCCCCCCCCGCCGCCGCAACACCUCGCUGCCAUCCCGCACUCAUGGCAUCCGGCAAGACAGACGUCGAGGCUGCCGAGCAGCAGCUCAAGAGCAUGGCUCAUUCCGAGCAGCACUACUUCAACAGCUAUAACCACCAUGGGAUCCACGAGGAGAUGUUGAAAGACGAGGUGCGCACGCGUUCCUACAUGAAUGCCAUCGUCCAGAACAAGCAUCUCUUCCAUGACAAGGUUGUCCUCGAUGUCGGCUGCGGCACCGCCAUUCUCUCCAUCUCUUUCAGGUUUGCCGUACGCGCCGGAGCAAAACACGUGAUCGGGGUCGAUAUGUCAACCAUCAUCUUCAAGGCCAGGGAGAUUGUCCAGGUCAACGGCAUGGCAGACAAGAUCACCCUAAUACAGGGUAAGAUGGAGGAGAUCGAGAUGCCUUUCCCCCAGGUCGACAUUAUCAUCUCGGAGUGGAUGGGGUAUUUCCUGCUAUACGAGAGCAUGCUCGACACCGUCUUGUAUGCCCGUGACAAAUUCCUCGCCAAGGAUGGGUUGAUCUUCCCGGACAAGGCCACCAUCUUUGCUUGUGGCAUCGAGGAUGGCGAAUACAAGGACGAGAAGAUCGGAUUUUGGGACAAUGUGUACGGAUUCGAUUACACCCCGCUGAAGGAGACGGCGCUGGCUGAACCCCUUGUCGAUACUGUCGAGAUCAAGGCGGCCGUCACCGACCCUAAGGCCAUCCUGACUCUAGAUCUCUACAAGUGUACGAAGGCCGACCUCGCCUUCUCGGUGCCAUUCGAGCUGGAAUGUCGCCGAGACGACUUCGUGCAUGCCCUCGUGGCCUGGUUUGACAUCGAAUUCACGGCAUGCCACAAGGUGAUCCGCUUUUCCACCGGCCCACAUACGAAGUACACGCACUGGAAGCAGACUGUCUUCUACCUGAACCAAGUUUUGACGGUGCAGCACGGGGAGACGAUCAAAUGUCUGCUAGACGUGAAGCCCAACGAGAAGAACCGGCGGGACCUCGACAUCAAGAUCGGCUACAAUCUGGAUACGCAGGACACUACUCGGUCUGCCGCGGGCUCGUGCGAGUACAAGAUGUGCUAACGAGGGAGAGGGCUCUUUCGAACGGUAGACCUUGUAUUCCUCCGCCUGGUACCGAGCCUUACCG